AAUUGGCAAACAACAUGCAAACAAGCUGUCAAGGUUAGGCUGUCAAUUCUGUCAAAAGGAGUAAUCUGGACUGGACUGCGAUUUUGGUUGAUUUUCAUUUGCAAUCUGCGUUUUAAAAUUACCGUUAAUUCCGAACUCUGUAUAUUGUAUUAGAUUUGCAACAAAAGAAGUUCUCUGCGGUGCACUGAGUAGAUGUGUGUAGCUCGUUCAGAAGCAUUUUCUUUUAUUUGACUUCGUUUGUCAGUUUUUGUUUCAAGUUAUUUUGCGCGGGAAGCCGGGAAUUACCACUACAAUCUUGUAAUGAGAAUUGAACCUGAUUUAUAAGCCCUCCUUCGAGAUGACUGAUGCUUUGUGCCAUUUGGUUGUGGACGGCAACGAGGUAUUGGAACUAAAAUUAGUGAGAUCUCCAGAUGAUAUUGAGGAUGAAGAAACCAGUUUUGCUCCAGAGAUGUGCCACCAAGUGUUUGGCGAGAACGAAAAUAUUUUUGGCUACACAGACUUGCGUAUACGGCUCUACUACACUGCUGGGAGUCUUCAAACGUAUCUCGGCAUCGAAUACUCUGAAAAGAUUGAGCCCAGUAUUUCUGAAGGCAUGAAAGCUGAUGAUGUAGAAGGAGCUAUGAAAAAAAUCUUGGCACCGGGGUAUACAACAAAUUUGGACCAGUUUGUCUCACUGUUAGAAAAGGAUAAAGCAUUCAGGCCAAUGGGAAAAAUGCUGCAUUCCUUUACAGCCACUCCCCAUGAUGGAGGAGACAAACAUACAUUUGAAGUGUACUUCUGUGACACAACCACACCGGGCUUCCUCGCCUUCCAUGAGCGGCUGCAGACAUUCCUGCUGUGGUAUGUGGAUGCAGCCUCCUUCAUUGAUGUGGAUGAUGACCAAUGGACCUUCUUUACAGUAUUCGAGAAGUACCCGACGAGCGAGGGCGGGCACGCGUACGCGGCGGCGGGGUACGCGACGGUGUACCGCUACUACGCGUACCCCGCGCACGCGCGCCCGCGCGUGUCGCAGGUGCUCACGCUGCCGCCUUUCCGCAAGCUCGGCGUCUGCGCCAACCUGCUCACGGCCAUCUAUUCACACUUCGUUAUACUUCCGGAAGUAAUUGAUAUGACUGUAGAAGAUCCAUCAGAAGAUUUCCAGAGAAUCAGAGAUUAUGUAGAUUGCAAAAACUGUGAAACACUGCCAGCAUUUUAUCCAGCAAAGCUUUAUCAAGGGUUUUCGCCCGAGAUGGUGUCGCAGGCGUGCGCCAAGUUCAAGAUCAACAAGAAGCAGGUGCGGCGCGUGUACGAGAUCCUGCGCCUGCGCGCCACCAACACGUCCGACAAGGCGCAGUACCUGCAGUACCGGCUCGACGUCAAGAACAGGCUCAACGCUCCCUUCCAGAAAAAGAAAUUAGAAAUGAAGAAACUGGAGAAAGUGCUGAAACCAGAAGAGUACUUGGCGACACUGAGCUCGCUGGGCGUGAACGAGACGCAGGGCCGCCUCGCCGGCCAGUACCUCGCGCUCGAGGCCGACUACCGCCGCGUGCUGCACCGCCUCGACCACGACUAGCCCCACGACCGGCUCAACUGCCGCAGGUGCAGGCAGAGCAUCAGGGGCCUAACCGAGUGACAAUUGUUGAUAGAAAACGCCAAAUCAAAUCAUAAAUAAUGUAUGGAAACGACGUGACCGGUGGCGGAGCGUGAACUAAUCUAGCCGUAGGCGAAGUCGCGUAAGCGAAGCCCGAAGUUAUUAUUAUUAAUAAAGAGGGUUGCCUCCCGCAGGACUCCCUCAAGUGCGAGGCCGCGGGUGAGUGGGCCGCUUGACUCCGUCGCGUCUGUCAUGUCGAUACAAGUUUUCUUUUCAAUCGGCGAUUGUCGACAAACGAUUGUCAUCUGGGCUGCGGUCCCUGUGAAUGAGACAUAUUCGCAGUUCGUGAUCACCUGCGAAAAUUCUCAUUGAUUUCAUAUUUUCGGCUAAUAUGAUAUGAUAUGAUAUGAUAUGAUAUGAUAUGAUAUGAUAUGAUAUUUAUUGGUAAUAAGUUCAGUUGUUAUUUUUUGAUUUAUCAAAACUGUCCAAAAAUUCAUGUCUAAUUAGUAAUAAUAAUGAUGUAAUGUAUCCCGUGUGAGUUAGUAUUUUAGUGAUUUUUUUAUAUCAUUUUAUGUAAAGACGCUGUCAGUUCUUUAUGAGAUGUAAAAAUAUCAAAUGUUGAACAGCAUGGACUUGUAAGUAAAUUUGUGUUAAAUUUGGCUGUAACACUCAAAGGUCGAUAUACUUUAGGACAGGGGUUCCCAAUCUUUUUCAACAUGUGGCGCAGUUACAAGUUUAGUAUUUCGCAACGGCGCCCUUGGAAGCCCCGGCGCCCGGCGACACGACGCUAUAUUAUUUACCGAUGCGAGCGCUCAAAGAGGUACCCGCAAAUAUUUGUGGUUUCGGAUAAUGAUAGAACUCACGGCGCCCCUGUUUACUUUCUACGGCGCACCAGGGCGCCGCGGCGCACACUUUGGGAACCCCUGCUUUAGGAAUUUCGACCCAUAAUGAAACAUAAUGGCAGGGAUUAGGAUAGGAUAUCGAAAUGCAUGAGUUGAAAUGUUAAUAUUGGUUAAGAUAAAUAUUGAAUUGGAAUUAGUGUGUAGCUUUCCCUCGGAGCUGGUUUCUUUUUAUUUUAUUGGAAAGCUAGACUAGUCAUUUAUUAUGGAAUUCCACAUUUAAAAUGUAAUUACAUCUUCGAAUCAUCUUUUAUUCAGCGCCCGGCGAUGGUGAAAAGUGAGAAAGAACGUUGCCUUGAGCCCUUGGUUGUGUUGUUGUUGUUUAAAUGUUUUUAUUAUUACCAUGUGAUAAUGUGUACAAAGAUUAUUUCAGUGGUAAGUGUUGGCCUGUGUUAGUGGCUUUUAUGCAUUGAAUGUAAAUUAGAUUUUGCACAAUACUUUGUCGCAGAUGAUGUCAACACGCAAUGACACCCUGACAAUGGAAAAUAAAACAAUAGGGACCGUGCGCGUUGGAGGGUCUGCUAUCUUGUGGCCUGAAUCAGAACCAUAAACAUGUACAUUUAAUCGUCGCGUGUUUUCUUGUGCAUAGUAAGUUCUGCCAUCUUGUAGGCCACAUCGGAACAAUAAACAUCACAUUUACGCCUCGCGCCAAAAAUCUAACGGCUCCUGUGCUGCCUCCUACAGUUCAUGAACGCUCCCUAUUGUUGGCGAACUAGCCGAGUUUGACAUUAAGGCUCCAAUCAGUUUCACGAUUAGUUCUCGAAAUUUCGAUGAACCUGCUGUAAAAAAAAUCGUAUCAGUUGAUUAUCAAGAGGAGGAAACUCAAGAAACCGCUGUAUCUACUUUUUUUUUCAAUUUUGCAAACAAAACAGCAGAAACGCCUGAUCCUUGUUUAUUUAGUGAGAAACAGUGCAACAAGUUCAAAGCAGAAAAUGUUUAAAACGCUCCUCAACCUGAUAACCUAAACGAUGUAUUAUUAAAUAAUGAAAUGUGCAAACCAAAGCAGUUCAAAAUUCAAAAUAACUGACAAGAAAAAGUCAGUGAUUCUCACAACUCACACCAAAAGUGAUAAUAUUCUGAUCCCAAAAUAGCUACCCCUGAAUCGGAAGAACAGCACUGUUGCUACCACCCCAGUAGUAGUGGACCAGUUUGACCAAUAAAGAGGCUAGCGAUAAGCAAUCCGAUCUAUCUUCAUACUUAAACAAAUUCUGUCCAAGUGAAAAGGAUAAAUAAGGUGUAACAGAGUGCUUAGCUUCGUUGUACGAAAACAUGCAAUGUAUCAUGCAAGCCUUUGUAGCCUACAUCUAAAGAAGAGAAUGUUGGUAAUAAUAAUGUUACUGGACGAAAAGAACAAAGAAUUUAAACACACUUUCCUAAAUAACACGCUACACGUGGUCGCAAACAGUGUGGUCCUUAUUUUUUGGAAACACGCCAAGAUUAUGAGAAUCUCUUACACGGAAUGCUUAUGUGGGCUGAGUUGAGCCAGCAACCAAUUCGAUCAGCGGAUAUUUCUGCAAAUGCAAAUGAAAAGUCGGUACAACCAAUAACAGUCAAUAGUGUUGCUACAGUUGGAUCAGAAUUUAACAAACUUAUCAACACAUAAAAAUACUAUAGUGAAAAAAAAAACAACAUAUUUUCAUCAGGUCCAGCAAAAAUAUUUGCUCAAUAUAUCCCAAUAUGGCAGUAAUCAGACAAAUGCAAAAGUAAUAUACCACCCAUUUACAGACGGCCUUAGCGUACCUAACUGAAUUGUAGCCAAUAGCAGCCAAUCUUCGACCAUCCCUUCCCAAGCCAAUCUUCGUCCACUGGUUAUCCAACCAACGGCAUCGGUAAGCUGUAAUCGAGGAACUGCUCAACAUGAACAACAUACCGCGACCACGAGUUGCAUCAAAUUAUAGCAUUUUAACCCAAAAAAGACUGGGACACUCGUUCUUCAAAAGCAAUUAGAAAAUCCACCAGGAUAUUUUACAACAAGUAGAUCAUAAGACUCACAUUUUCGCUGAACAUAAACAUAUUUAAAACAGGUGCAGCAAGCAACGCUACCUUAUGAUUAGUCUCAGCUCUUGCACUAUCAACAAUCUCAUUAUUUAUGAUCUCAGUCUGAAUUGGAGCACAAUCAAACGAGGCAAUUAAGCCAAUCGUCAAAAUAUAACCAAUCGCGACAAGCCCAAGUGAGACUAUUGCAACAGUAGGGCUAAGAUGGUUGGCUAUCAUUUGUCACCAUGCCUAUCACUUUCUAACAAGUAUGUAAGUACGAAAGUGACGGGCAGUGUGACAGGUGAUAAAAAUGGAACCAUGCUGCCCACAGCAGGACCAAUAUCAAGAGCAACAACAUCCAGCAGAUAGUUGGCCGUUCAUGAAAGAGCUCUCUUCAAUGGAAUCUACGUAGCAGCUCCCGUAUCAGUUAAGUAAUGAACAAGUAAAAUCAUUAGGACACUUGCGAUCAACACAACAAAAUCAACCACCACAAGCGUCUGCAACAGAGGGUCACCAACAUGGGCCGGUUUUAUUGUCAAGGACAGAUUACCAAGGCAUAACAGCUUUAUCUCAUUUUUAUGGCAGAAAUUCACUGCACUUUUCUCAUUGUAUUGUAUUUUAACCUCUUAGUGACUAAAAACGUACAAGAUCUCUAAAUAUUUUUUAAAUACAUGUUAACGCAUUCACUGCCGGGGGGCGUGGCCUAGGAACAAACUUGUAUGACGGUGAACGCAUAUAUGCGUCGGUGGCAGUGAAUGCGUUAAUGUCAAAAAUUACAAUUUCUAAGCCAAUCUCGGCCAAUAUUAAAGUAAUACGUUUCGUGGUACUGUAUUAAUGUUGCAAUCCUCCCGUCUAUAGUUCGUUCGCGUUAAGAAUGCAGUAAAAUCAUGAUUGUCCGCAGGCCUAGCCAGCUAGACACGCCCGUAACCAACCAAAUCGGUCCUGAUUAGCCGGGCCUCGGCGAUCGAGGCACGUCUACACUGGCCGUAUUGUGCGUGAGGAAGUUGCCUCGCGCGUAUGCUCGCUCUGCGUGGACCCGGCUAUUAGAUGAUCAAGUUCACAGUGGCCAGUUGAAGGCAUGCUUUCUAAUUAGGAACGAUUUGAUUGGUUACAAGCAUCGCUAGGCUGGCAGACAAUGUUGAUUUUACUGCAUUCUUAACGCGGAUGAACUAUAAUGAGGUUGUUAAUUAAACACCAACAAGGUAACGUUUUAUUUUUGGCUAACCUUAAAUGAACAUAAUCUUAAUUUAGUUGAAUAUUUUUUCAAGUAAAAUGUUGAUUUUAAAAUA